AUGGAGGGCGACGGGGUGCCGUGGGCGAGCGAGCCCGUCUCGGGUCCCGGCCCGGGCGGCGGCGGAAUGAUCCGCGAGCUGUGCCGGGGCUUCGGCCGCUACCGCCGCUACCUGGGCCGGCUGCGGCAGAACCUGCGCGAAACCCAGAAGUUCUUCCGCGACAUCAAGUGCUCCCACAACCACAGUUGUCCCUCCUCCCCCACGGGCGACGACGGCGGGGCCGAGCGCGGCCCUGCCGGCGACGUCGCCGAGACCGGGCUGCAGGCGGGCCAGCUGAGCUGCAUUGCCUUUCCAGCUAAGGAAGAGAAGUACCUCCAGCAGAUUGUGGACUGCCUGCCCUGCAUCUUGAUCCUCGGCCAGGACUGUAAUGUCAAGUGUCAGCUGUUGAACCUGCUGCUGGGGGUGCGGGUGCUUCCCGCCAGGCUGGGCAGCGAGGAGAACUGUAAGCUUCGGCGCCUCCACUUCACCUAUGGGACUCAGACUCGGGUCAGCCUGGCACUCCCGGGCCAGUACGAACUAGUGCACACGCUGGUUGCUCACCAGGGCAACUGGGAGACCAUCCCCGAGGAGGACCUGGAAGUCCAAGAGGACGGUGAGGACGCUGCCCAUGUUUUAGCCGAACUGGAGGUGACGAUGCACCAUGCCCUCUUACAGGAAGUGGACAUUGUGGUAGCACCGUGCCAAGGCCUCCGGCCUGCAGUGGAUGUUCUGGGUGACUUGGUGAACGAUUUCUUGCCUGUGAUAACCUAUGCACUCCACAAAGAUGAACUCUCUGAGAGGGAUGAGCGAGAGCUUCAGGAAAUCCGAAAGUAUUUCUCCUUUCCCGUAUUCUUUUUCAAAGUGCCGAAGCUGGGCUCGGAGAUCAUUGCCUCCUCUACCAGAAGACUGGAGAACGAAAGGUCACCGCUCCAUCACCAGCUGAUUGGCCUGGGCUAUCUGAGCAGCAGUCACUGUAACUGUGGGGCUCCUGGCCAAGACACUAAAGCCCAGAGCAUGUUGGUGGAACAAAGUGAGAAACUGAGACACUUGAGCACGUUUUCUCACCAGGUGCUACAGACUCGCCUGGUGGACGCGGCCAAGGCCCUGAAUCUGGUGCACUGCCGCUCCCUUGACAUCUUUAUUAACCAGGCUUUUGACAUGCAGCGGGACCUGCAGAUUACUCCCAAACGUCUGGAGUAUACUCGAAAAAAGGAAAAUGAGCUGUAUGAAUCAUUGAUGAAUAUUGCCAAUCGAAAGCAGGAGGAAAUGAAGGACAUGAUUGUCGAGACGCUGAACACCAUGAAGGAGGAACUUCUGGAUGAUGCUGCCAACAUGGAAUUUAAAGAUGUCAUUGUCCCUGAGAACGGAGAGCCAGUGGGCACCAGAGAAAUCAAAUGCUGCAUCCGACAGAUACAGGAGCUCAUCAUCUCCCGGCUUAAUCAGGCGGUGGCGAACAAGCUGAUCAGCUCAGUGGAUUACCUGCGCGAGAGCUUUGUCGGCACCCUGGAACGGUGCCUGCAGAGCCUGGAGAAGUCCCAGGAUGUCUCAGUUCACAUCACCAGUAAUUAUCUCAAACAGAUCUUAAAUGCCGCCUAUCACGUCGAAGUUACGUUUCACUCAGGGUCCUCGGUUACAAGGAUGCUGUGGGAGCAAAUCAAACAGAUCAUCCAGCGUAUCACAUGGGUGAGCCCACCCGCCAUCACACUGGAAUGGAAGAGGAAGGUGGCCCAGGAAGCCAUCGAGAGCCUCAGUGCCUCUAAAUUGGCCAAGAGCAUUUGCAGCCAGUUCCGGACCCGACUCAACAGUUCUCAUGAGGCUUUUGCAGCCUCCUUGCGGCAGCUAGAAGCUGGCCACUCAGGUCGGUUGGAGAAAACAGAAGAUCUCUGGUUGAAGGUUCGCAAGGAUCAUGCCCCCCGCCUGGCUCGCCUUUCUCUGGAAAGCCGCUCUUUACAGGAUGUCUUGCUACAUCGUAAACCUAAACUGGGUCAGGAACUGGGCCGGGGCCAGUACGGCGUGGUGUACCUGUGUGACAACUGGGGAGGACACUUCCCGUGUGCCCUCAAGUCGGUCGUCCCUCCGGAUGAGAAGCACUGGAAUGACCUGGCUUUGGAGUUUCACUACAUGAGGUCUCUGCCGAAGCACGAGCGCUUGGUGGACCUCCACGGCUCAGUCAUCGACUACGGCUAUGGCGGCGGCUCCAGCAUCGCCGUGCUGCUCAUCAUGGAGAGGCUGCACCGGGACCUCUACACUGGGCUGAAGGCUGGGCUGACGCUGGAGACACGUCUACAGAUAGCACUAGAUGUGGUGGAAGGAAUCCGCUUCCUGCACAGCCAGGGACUUGUCCACCGUGAUAUCAAGCUAAAAAAUGUCCUGCUGGACAAGCAGAACCGUGCCAAGAUCACUGACUUAGGGUUCUGCAAGCCAGAGGCCAUGAUGUCAGGCAGCAUUGUGGGGACACCAAUCCAUAUGGCCCCUGAACUUUUCACAGGGAAAUACGACAACUCCGUCGAUGUCUACGCCUUUGGCAUCCUCUUCUGGUAUAUCUGCUCGGGCUCCGUCAAGCUCCCCGAAGCAUUUGAGAGGUGUGCCAGCAAAGACCAUCUCUGGAACAAUGUGCGAAGAGGGGCCCGGCCGGAGCGUCUGCCUGUGUUCGACGAGGAGUGCUGGCAGCUGAUGGAGGCCUGCUGGGACGGCGACCCUUCCCAGAGGCCCCUCCUGGGCAUCGUGCAGCCCAUGCUCCGGGGCAUCAUGGACCGGCUGUGCGCGUCCGCUUCGGAGCAGCCGAACCGGGGACUGGAUGACUCUACUUGA